AUGUUAGCUGUUAGAUCAUCUUUGAGAAAUACUCAACAUCAACUCCCGGCCUUUGCCAAGUUUGCUGUCAGUCGUGCUCAAUCCACUGCUGCACCAACUGGUCCAGUUAUCGGUAUCGACUUGGGUACCACCAACUCAGCUGUUGCUGUGAUGGAAGGUAAGACCCCUAAGAUCUUGGAGAACUCGGAAGGUGGAAGAACUACCCCAUCAAUUGUUGCCUUCACCAAGGACAAUGAAAGAUUGGUUGGUAUUCCAGCCAAACGUCAAGCUGUUGUCAACCCAGAAAACACCUUGUUUGCCACCAAGCGUUUGAUUGGUAGAAGAUUCGAGGACAAGGAAGUUCAAAGAGACAUCAAUGAAGUUCCAUACAAGAUUGUCAAGCACAACAAUGGUGAUGCUUGGUUGGAAGCUAGAGGCGAACAAUACUCACCACAACAAAUUGGUGGUUUUGUUUUGAACAAGAUGAAAGAGACUGCUGAAGCUGCUUUGGGUAAGAAGAUCAACAGUGCUGUUGUCACAGUGCCAGCAUACUUCAACGAUGCUCAAAGACAAGCCACCAAGGAUGCCGGUAAGAUUGUUGGUUUGAACGUUUUGAGAGUUGUUAACGAACCAACUGCUGCUGCUUUGGCUUAUGGUUUGGAGAAGAAAGAUGGUGAAGUUGUCGCUGUUUUCGAUUUGGGUGGUGGUACUUUUGAUAUCUCCAUCUUGGACAUUGGUGCAGGUGUUUUUGAAGUGAAGUCCACCAACGGUGACACUCACUUGGGUGGUGAAGAUUUCGAUAUUGCUUUGGUUAGAUACAUUGUUGAUGCAUUUAAGAAGGAAUCAGGUAUUGAUUUAUCCAAGGACAGAAUGGCCAUCCAACGUAUCAGAGAAGCUGCUGAAAAGGCCAAGAUUGAAUUGUCAUCAACUGUGUCUACCGACAUUAAUUUGCCAUUUAUCACUGCUGAUGCUUCAGGACCAAAGCACAUCAACCAAAAGAUCUCAAGAGCUCAAUACGAAAACUUGGUUGAAGGAUUGAUCAAGAAGACCAUCGAGCCUUGUAAGAAGGCAUUGAAGGAUGCCGGAUUAACUGCAUCCGAUGUCUCUGAAGUCAUCUUGGUUGGUGGUAUGUCAAGAAUGCCAAAGGUUGUUGAAACUGUUAAGCAAAUCUUUGGUAAGGAACCAUCAAAGGCUGUCAACCCAGAUGAAGCCGUUGCUAUGGGUGCUGCUAUUCAAGGUGGUAUCCUUGCUGGUGAAGUUAAGGACGUUGUUUUGUUGGACGUUACCCCAUUGUCAUUGGGUAUCGAGACCAUGGGUGGUGUCUUUGCUAGAUUGAUUUCUAGAAACACCACCAUUCCAGCUAAGAAAUCACAAAUUUUCUCAACUGCAUCUGCUGGUCAAACCUCAGUUGAAAUCAGAGUUUUCCAAGGUGAAAGAGAAUUGACUAGAGACAACAAAUUGAUUGGUAACUUUACCUUGUCUGGUAUUCCACCAGCACCAAAAGGUGUCCCACAAAUUGAAGUUACUUUCGACAUUGAUACUGAUGGUAUCAUCAAGGUCUCAGCUAGAGACAAGGCUUCCAACAAGGACGCUUCGAUCACCGUUGCUGGCUCUUCAGGUUUGUCUGAUGCCGAAAUUGAAAAGAUGGUCAACGAUGCUGAGAAGUUUGCUGAGUCUGAUAAAGCUAGAAGGGAAGCUAUCGAGACUGCCAACAGAGCCGAUCAAUUAUGUAAUGAUACCGAAAACUCAUUGAAUGAACACAAGGAGAAAUUGUCUACUGAAGCAGUUGACAAGAUCAAGGAAUCUAUUGCUAAGUUGAGAGAAAUUGUUCUCAAGGCUCAAGCUGGUGAAGAAGUUGUUGCUGAAGAAUUGAAACAAAAGACUGAAGAGUUACAAAACGAAGCUAUCAACUUAUUCAAGGACCUUUACAAAGACGGUGGUGACUCAUCAUCCUCAUCCUCAUCAUCAUCUGAAGAACCUAAGAAUUAA